AUGGCCAUCUCUGUCAUCUCGUUUCUCUGUUUUUGUCUUACAGAGGAUGGGACUGUGAAUCUAAAAGAUUUCAUGUGGGCCGUACAGGGCCUCUCCAGUAUUCAAGACAAACAAAUAGAUAUUAAGAAUUUGGAAUCUCUCCUGAGUGGCAUGGGGAUCUAUUUAACUCAAGAGGAGCUGCAGGAUGCACUGAAGUUAACAAAGUAUAAUGCUACCACCUUCCAUGAUCACUCUGCAUUCCUCCCCCCAUUUUUAUUCCCAGCCCCUAAGAAAGGUGAUAUGGAGACUGUUGAUGCACGAGGGAUCCUAUUCUUUGAGCUCUUGUCCAAACUGGUGGAGACUUCUGUGCUGCCACGGAAAACCACAGUGAAUAUCGUCAGCUACUACCGGCAAAAGUUCCUAGAGUCUACAGGCAGGAAAGCUUGGCGUGCUGAUAGUAUCGAUGAAGAAAAAGAAAUGGGACGUGGUGGCAAGAAAAGGCACGUGCCCAAAGCACGCUCCACUCCCUUGUCUUCCUUCGCUGGCGCUGCCCGCAUUUGCAUCAUGAAUGAUAAAGAGCUGGAAGAUUAUGUAGAACAUCUCCGCUUCCGAGCAAGCACAGCACCUUCGGACAGCCCUUACGCUCAGGUGCCCAUCUUUCCCUUGAUCCCCAACCGGGACUGCUUAGUGAAAGGAAGACCAAAGGUAGAUCUCCAGAAACUGGAGGUGCAAAGGAGGCUGGAACCCAUUUCAUCUUUUGAGGAUCACUUCUUCCGUAAGAAAAGAUGGUUACAGCAGGAGGCCAAGCUCUCCAAGAACCCCAAAGCCAGCCUCACUCUCACACCAGAGCUGACACGCAAGUGCCGGAGGUUAACUAUGGACAAUCUGAAUGAAAUACGACGAGAAGUCAAGAGAGCAACAGAUGCCUACCGGAAGGCGAUAGCUCUCCGGGAACGCAACAAGUCGCUGAAGCUGUGGCGAAGACUACGUGGUGGAGAGAUUGGACUGGAGUCAAGGAACCCCAGCUUCUACCAGACCUUUUCCACAUAUUCCUGGUCAUGGAAUGUCUGCCAGGAACUGGUGACACCUCGAGAACUCCGGGAAUAUGAUAACAGACUAUAUCAUCAUCACGGCUCCCGAACACCUACCUUUGCAGACAAGCAGAUCAGGGCAGGUGGAAGGGAGAAAGGAAAUAAGUAGCUCCCACCCAAGGUGUUGCUGCCCACACUAUGUCCUCCUUUCCAUGUGAGGUUAUUCCACAGAAAACUCUCGGGCUGGAAUCCAAGCUCUUGUGACAAGAAAUGUAGGGUUUCCCCUUUCUAUGCUAGCUAAUACAGUGAAAAAUUAAGCUAGAAGAGAUGAGUCUCUCUAGUCAGUCUUUGGCCUUCCCAAUUUUUGACUAUUCCUUCAACAGCGGUCUGGAGUGGGGGAAAGGAAAAGGGGGGAAUUGCUCUGGAGAUUCCAGAACGAAUGUGUAUGGAAACACCUACAUUUUCUCAAAUUUAUCGGGCAGACUCCUGUUAAUGUUGUAAUUUCCACAGCACAGCUGAGCACCUGACAGAAAUUCCUCACUUCCCACGAAACAUCACCAUAACUCCCAAUAAUGAUUAUUCCUGUGAUGAAGAGCUCCCAAGAUUCUCUGCCUUUCAGCAUCCAACAUGAGCUUUUUAGUGGAGACAAACUCAUAAAGUUCGAUGUACCUCAUAGAUAAUCUAGAAAGCUUACUAGCUGCGAAAUUCAUUCAUUCAUUCAUUCAUUCAUUCAUUCAUUCAUUCAUUCAUUCACUUAGUUUCUACUCCACCUUUCUACCUGUAGAAGAACACAGGUGAAAUCCAUACUGCAUAAUUGCUGAGAAGUGGUUAUGCUGUUUUUCAUCAAAGGUGAUUUAAUCAUAGAUACUGAUUAACUGGUGAGAAGUAUUAUCCACUAUCACACUUCUGUUGUUUACGUAGAUGGACAGUCUAUAAUUACUGUAUUUUCCGUGUAUAAGACUAUACUUUUGUCUAAACUCUUUAGACUAAAAAUUGAGGGUCGUCUCAUACACAGAUGCAAGCUAAGGAGCGAACAAAAACAAGUGGAAGGGAAAGCAGGAAUCAAAGUGAUCCUGCAGGACUUUCUGCUUUCCCCUCC